GACGAGGGCUGGAAGCUGAACCGGGUCCACUACUACCAGGAGGGCUGGCUGGCCACCGGCAACGCCCGGGGCAUCGUCGGCGUCACCUACACUACUUCCCACUCCAAGAAGCCCUCAGACCUGCCAUCCAGGACCAACUACAACCUGAGGGGCCACAGAGCUGAGGUGACGUUGGUCAAGUGGAACGAGCCCUACCAGAAGCUGGCGACGUGCGACUCGUCAGGGAUCAUCUUCGUCUGGAUCAAGUAUGAGGGCCGCUGGAGCAUCGAACUCAUCAACGACCGCAACACUCCCGUUACCCACUUCUCCUGGAGCCAUGACGGCCGCAUGGCACUCAUCUGCUACCAGGACGGGUUCGUGCUGGUGGGGUCGGUGGCCGGACAGCGAUACUGGUCCUCAAUGCUCAACCUACAGUCCACUAUCACCUCCGGAGUCUUCACGCCCGAGGACCAGCAGGUGUACUUCGGAACCACGUCUGGGAUGGUGAUUGUGAUGGACGUGCACGGAGCGAUGGUGUCGCAGGUGCCGCUGCUGGACGACACGGCCAUCACCGACCUCGUCUGGUCCUGCCCCAAGUUUAAGAUGGAGGAACACGAGGAGAACAACACUAAGAAUGCAGGUGAUGGGAGCUCGCUGCUGGCGGUGGUGUUCCAGACGGGACUGGUGUACUUACUGAGGACUCACGACGACCUCAGCCCGACCGUCAUCAGAACUGGCCUCCGGGGCGUCCAGGUGGAGUGGACCAACUCCGGAGAGGUGCUGGCCGUGGCGGGUCACCUGCCUGAAGAAGGCUGCACCAUAGGCACGGCCACCAGUCAACCCGUCAGGAACGUGGUCAAGUUCUACACCAGGAGUGGCGGGCUCCGGUACACCCACCACCUGCCCCUCUGUCAGACGCCUGUGACGGCCCUGACGUGGGGCCACAACGACAAGCGGGUGUUCGUGGCGACGGGCGCCCAGCUGCACAUCGGUCGGGUGUCGCGUCGCGUCGCAUCGUUGCAGCUGCUGUGCCGCCUGGCCAUCAAGAGCCGGGUGGUGGAGGAGGAGAAGGUGGCCACCUUACCUCUGCCCAGGAGACUCAAGGCUCUCGUCACCUCCCUCUACACUCAGACAAUCCGCUGCUACAUCCCCGAGGCCCGACAGUUGCGAGAGUUCGUGUCCCGCCCACCAGCCAACAGUCAGCGGCUACACUGUACGAUGAUCCGACACGACGAGGAGCUGGUGCCCACCCCUGGCGCCUGCUACACGCUCUACCUCGAGUACCUGGGCGGCCUCGUGCCCCUCCUCAAGGGCAAGAGGACCUCCAAGAUACGACCGGAGUUCGUCAUCUUCGAUCCACAAGCGGACGAGACCUUGACCAAGGAGGGCGUGGAGCGCGGGGUCGGGGUCGGGGGUGGCGGCGGCGGCGGCAUGCUCGCCAAUGGCCACCCGGCGCUGAGCGACACCUCCGACACCGAGUACGAGGACAUGUGCGCCUCGCCGAGGCUCCAGAGGCGACGCAAGCUCAAGCGCAGAAUACGAGAGAGACUGGAGAGCGAGACGGACGAGCUGGUGUACCUGGACACCUUGCCUGAGCACCACCGGCUGGUGGAGGUGACGUCGAAUAUCUGGGGCACCAAGUUCAAGCUGCAUGGGGUGGCAUCGUCCUUACCCGCCAACCUGGGUCAGGUGACCUACAAGACGUCCCUCCUGCACCUUCAGCCACGUCAGAUGACGCUUGUCAUCACGGAGCUCAGGGAGGACAUCCCCCCCAGACCUGACCCUAACUUCAACCCCAACGUGUUCUCUGAGGACGAGGAGGAGCUGGGUGAGCGUCUUGCCUCCCGCCGACCGCCUGACCUGACCUCAGACGUGCCAGCCAUCGCACCAAUGACGCCCCGCCGGACGCCCUCCUCCUACUCCCGCCAGGGUCUGCACACCACGCCCUGGGACGUCUCCUCCCCUGCUCCUCACAGACCACCUCACACGGAGAUCAGUGCAGUGGAGACCAGACUGGAGAUGGAUGGUGGGAUGGACGGGAUGGUCCUAGACCCAGACGGUGCCGCCCUCCUGCAGGAGUUGGAGGAACAUCCUUACGUUGACCUGGCCACUCCCGAGAUGUUGCAGCUGAGGGAAGGCCUCCGGGCGGAGCUCCGUGGGGAGAAUCACACCUCCUCCCUCCAUCACCCAGCUCAGAUGACUCCCUCCCACGCCCCCCUCCACGCCCAGGAGGGGCACGUCUUCUCCAUCAUGCGUGGCUCGGCGCCCUCCAGUCCUAAGCACUCCGUCAGCGCCUUCUGCUGCGAUGCCGGCACCAUCCAGUCCCCCAAGAAUAUUGUCGCGCCAACACCCAUCGUCACCCGCAACUCCUCCACGACGGCGACGGUGCUGGAGAUCCAGGGUGGUGAGGUGGGGCGGGCGGGCCUCAAGACCUCCACCACCACCACCAUCACCAGCAGAGCCUCACGGACGGAGGAGCUCCGCCUCGUUACCUCUGACAAUGCCCUCCAUCACUACAACAAUGUCUCCACCUCGUCGGCCUCCAACACCACCAAUUCCGUCACCACCAACAACAUCAAUAACCUAAUUAGCAACAAUAAUACUCUCAACAACAACAACAAUAACAAUGUCACCUUCAACAACAACAGCACCAGCAACAGUAGCAGCAACAACGGGAGCAGCAGCAGCAGCAGCAGCAGUGGGAACAGCACCUACCGCAGUCCUCAACACACACUGCAGGGGUGUAGCGGUGGCGGGUUGAGGAGUGACAUCAUCCGGUACAUCGACGAGGAGAGCGGAGAGUCGGACGGGCGGUCUUUCACCCCGUCGCCAGCCCGGACGCGCCCACGCCCACUCUACUCCCGAGCCCGCAGCAAGAGCGUGGGCCACCUGCACAACAUGGACCAUGCUAUCAACCAGCUGCAACACCUGCACCAGCUGCGCAACAUCGACGCUUUCCUCGCCUUCAGACGGUCGGGUUCUCUUAUUGACUCACCCAAGAAGCGUCAGGUCGGAGAGAGCCAGCCCCGGCAGCCGUGCCUUGCGGACUGCGGUAAGAGUCGCAGCCUUGACUCUUCACCCUUCAUCAUCAAGCGCCGCCUCCACCACCUCCAUCACCACCACCACCCCCACCCCCUGGCCGCCUCCACCACCACUACAACCACCACCACCACCACCACCACCACAACGUCAACCACAGCGCCAACCACCACCACCACCACCACCACCGUCGACCUUCACCAGAGCCUCAACCACACAGAGAAGCAACAGAGGACGUUCGGCAGAACAUUAAAGGAGAGUGUGCUAGUGGAGCGGUUGGCAGCCCUUCAGCGAGAGUGUCAACAGAACCCACCGCCCACACCCCGCCACCAGCCCACGCCUGACACAGCUCUUCGCCUCAACACGCCCACACACACGCCCACCAUCUCCUCCGCCCACGCCAGCAAGAGCAUUCCUUCCACGCCAGUCAAGACGAGGAAGGCGCGGCGACACCAAUCCUCCUCCCCCAUUAGGAAACACUUGCUCAACUCGCCACUGCUGGCCCGUCGUCGUCAGCGGCGAGGCACCGUGGAGAGCAGCGACGACGAGGUGGUCCACUGCUCCAGCGACGCCGAAGUCCUCUGCUCCUCUAACUACCGGGACCUCGAGACCUUCCAGAAGACGCAGCUGAGGAACAAGCUGCGGCGGUCGCGGGGCCGCAGCGAGGGCGGCGGGUUCAGCGGGGGCGAGAGCUCCGGGUCGUCGACGCCUCGCCACCGCCAGUACGUCAUGCACAACAAGGCGCCGCUCUGGAACGAGAACUCGCAGGUCUACCAGCUCGACUUCGGCGGGCGCGUCACCCAGGAGUCGGCCAAGAACUUCCAGAUCGAGUUUAAGGGCAAGCAGGUGAUGCAGUUCGGGAGGAUCGACGGCAAUGCCUACACGCUGGACUUCCAGUAUCCGUUCAGCGCGGUGCAGGCUUUCGCUGUGGCCCUCGCCAAUGUUACACAGAGGCUGAAAUGAUAUAGGAUGCACCCAGAGAGCCAGACCGCACACAGCCACAGUGUUGUGGUUCUCGAGUUCUGGUGACGUCACAUCCUGCGCUGAAGUUGCCAGAGGCUGCUGCGAGAGAUUUCUGUGUUCUUCUGGUGAAAAGAAAAUAGGUUGUUAUGAACGUUAUUAAGUUGGUUGAGUGUUGCUGCGAGGGAGGUCAAGGAGGUGAUACGAACACAGUGGCGUUGAAGGUGGAGGAGACUACGAGACAGCUGGCAGUGUUGACGGGUUAGAAAAGAUACAAGACAGGUGUCUGCGUGGCUGUCGUGUCAGUGCCUGAGGUAUAAUGACGCUCACUUUGUCCGCGUAUAUACAUUUUCUUGUGUGUGUGUGUGUGUGUGUGUGUGUGUGUGUGUGUGUGUGUGUGUGUGUGUGUGUGUGUGUGUGUGUUUAGACAGUUUGCCAUUUGAUAUAGUGACACUGCUGACAAUAUUUGUAUGUGAUACUAUUUAUUGCUUUUACUACGAGCAAAGAUACGCUGUACAUUACGUUAGCAAUACGUCUGUUUCCACUUUAGCUUAUAAGGCCGUGUGGUCUACGUUGCCGGUUCGUAAUGAAUUUUUAAUCUUCGUUCAUGACUGCAAGAAAUAUCGUUUUUGUUUUUUUUAUAGCUGUUAUGUUAUAAAACGUGAACGAUGAUGACCAGGACAUGGACUUUUAUGACUGGAAAACGUCCACAACAAAAAAAAAAAAAUCUCACGUGCUUCGUCAGAGGCAAGAAUAUAGUUGAUCUCAAGAGUCUUCUAGUCACUGGUAGGUCUUGUCUAGGGGCAAGCCAGCUCGUCCUCAUCCCUUCACCUCGAACCCCCAUUUCUUCAGCGUCUUACAAGACACAGCUGCCGGAUCUCAGCAGCUGCACAGGACCAGCUUCUUGGGUGACACUCGGGCGUUGAUGGAGCCCCAAAAAUAAUGUUGAAAUUGAAUGGAAAUUUUAUGGUUGUUGUGCUCUUAAGGAGAUGUGGGGGGAACAGGGCCUUCGAUCUGGGGAACCUUUGUGGGGGUCUUGAACCACCUCAUGGGGACCUCAGGGGGUCUUGGCCUCAGCUAUGGGGACCUCAGGGGGUCUUGGCCUCAGCUAUGGGGACCUCAGGGAGAGGGGACGUGGCUUCCGUUAUGGGGGUGGGGGACCGUUUGCAGUUUGCGGUGCUUCAUGGAUUGGAAUAUUUUGCACUUUAAAGUAUAAAUAUUAUUUUAUUGUUAAAGUUUCUUUAGUGCAUAACAAGAAGAUAAAGUGAUAUUAUGCUUAGUUGGCAUUUGGGGAAUGUAGAAAGUGUGAUGACCUGCCUUGUGUGUCGCCAGGUGUGGAGGGAGGUAAGGUGAGGCAGGUGUGGAGGGAGGUAAGGUGAGGCAGGUGUGGAGGGAGGUAAGGUGAGGCAGGUCUGGAGGGAGGUAAGGUGAGGCAGG